UCACUCAGUCAGGGUCGGGCGCUACUAGGGGAACUUCCUAUUCACAGCAAGGCGAGUCCCACCCUUCCCGCAGACGAGGCUUUUUCAGUGUCCCAGCCUGGUGCUUGUCCCACUGCAGGGUAGAUGGGCGGCAAACCGGAGCUUCACCUAGCAAGUUUGGAUGGUUUACCUGAACUCUGCCUACUAAAUCUUGUCUGUUAGCACAUGCCUUUGCUUUUUCUUGUCCCUGAAGAUGGUGCGCAGUCUAACUUUAUUGGCACUGUUGUGCUCACUUGUACAUGCAAAUGCUCAGCAAGGUGGGACUGAAUGUUUAAAAGCAAAUGCCAGAUCAUGUGGAGAAUGUAUCCAAGCUGGACCAAACUGCGGCUGGUGCACAAAACCAGAUUUUUUGCAAGAAGGAGAACCAACAUCUGCACGCUGUGAUGAUUUAGCUGCACUUGCAAGCAAGGGGUGUUCUGGAACAGAUAUUCAGAACCCAAGAGGAAGCAGCAAAAGUCUCAAAGAUGUUCCGAUAACUAAUAAGCGCAAGGGGGAGCGUAUGGACCCUGCAACAAUUACCCAGCUCAGGCCCCAGCAAUUAGAAUUUCAGCUGCGAUCUGGUGAACCACAGACUUUUAAUUUAACAUUCAAAAGAGCAGAAGAUUACCCUAUUGACCUUUACUACCUUAUGGACCUCUCAUAUUCUAUGAAGGAUGAUUUGGAAAAUGUGAAAAGUCUUGGAACAGCUCUCAUGACAGAAAUGGAGCAAAUCACAUCAGAUUUUAGGAUAGGUUUUGGAUCUUUCGUAGAAAAAACAGUAAUGCCUUACAUUAGUACAACUCCUGCUAAACUUAUCAACCCUUGUACAACUGAGCAAAAUUGCACUAGCCCAUUCAGCUAUAAAAACGUACUGAACCUCACAAGUGAUGGAAAGUUGUUCAAUGAUCUUGUCGGCAAACAGCAAAUAUCUGGGAACCUGGAUUCUCCAGAAGGAGGAUUUGAUGCAAUCAUGCAGGUUGCAGUCUGUGGAGAACAAAUAGGGUGGAGAAAUGUCACCCGUUUGUUAGUGUUUUCCACUGAUGCUGGAUUUCAUUUUGCUGGCGAUGGUAAAUUAGGAGGAAUUGUUUUGCCAAAUGAUGGAAAAUGUCACCUCCAUGAAAACAUGUACACAAUGAGCCACUAUUAUGACUAUCCCUCAAUUGCUCAUUUAGUGCAAAAACUAAGUGAAAACAACAUACAAACCAUCUUUGCCAUCACUGAGGAAUUUCAACCAGUUUACAAGGAACUAAAAAAUUUAAUACCAAAAUCUGCAGUGGGAACCCUGUCCGCCAAUUCCAGUAAUGUUAUUCAGUUGAUUAUUGACUCCUAUAAUUCUCUUUCUUCAGAGCUGCUUUUGGAAAACAGCAAAUUGCCAGAGGGUAUAACAAUCAACUAUAAAUCAUUCUGUAAAGAUGGAGUAAUAGGUACUGGAGAGAAUGGAAGGAAAUGUUCUAACAUAUCGCUUGGAGAUCAGGUGGAAUUUGAGAUAAGUGUGACUGCUCAUAAGUGCCCCAAAAAAGGUCAGAGUGAAUCUAUCAAAAUCAAGCCAUUGGGUUUCAACGAAGAAGUAGAAAUUCUUUUAAAGUUUAUCUGUGAAUGUGACUGCCAGGGCGAGGGAUUUCCCAAUAGUGAGAAUUGUCAUUUCGGUAAUGGAACCUUUGAGUGUGGAGCCUGCAGAUGCAAUGAGGGUCGUAUUGGAAAAGAGUGUGAAUGCAGCACAGAUGAAGUAAAUAGCGAAGAUAUGGAUGCUUACUGUAGAAAAGAAAACAGCACUGAAAUUUGCAGCAACAAUGGGGAUUGUGUAUGUGGUCAGUGUCAGUGCAAGAAAAGGGAAAAUCCUCUUGAAGUCUACUCUGGCAAAUUUUGUGAAUGUGACAACUUUAAUUGUGAUAGAUCUAAUGGUCAGAUUUGUGGAGGAAAAGGUACAUGCAAGUGCAGAGUAUGUGAUUGCUUCCCUAAUUACUCUGGUAGUGCUUGUGACUGUUCAGAAGAUACAUCAACCUGUUUGGCUAAAAAUGGACAAAUAUGCAAUGGACGAGGAAUUUGUGACUGUGGAAGGUGCAAAUGUACAGACCCAAAAUUUCAAGGGCCCACUUGUGAGAUUUGUCAGACCUGUCUUGGAGUUUGUGCUGAACACAAGGAAUGUGUCCAGUGUAGAGCUUUUCAAAAGGGAGAGAAGGCAAAAACCUGCUCAAAGGAAUGUAUGUAUUUUAACUACACCAUGGUGGAUAGUCGUGACAAGCUGCCACAACCAGGCCAGGCAGAUCCACUCACUCACUGCAAAGAAAAAGAUGCUGAUGAUUGCUGGUUCUUUUACACAUAUUCAGUCAAUGCCAACAAUGAAGUUCAUGUCCAUGUUGUGAAGGAUCCAGAAUGUCCUAGUGGCCCCGAUAUAAUUCCAAUUGUUGCUGGUGUUGUUGCUGGUAUUGUUCUCAUUGGACUGGCAUUACUGCUGAUUUGGAAACUGCUUAUGAUUAUUCAUGAUAGAAGAGAGUUUGCCAAAUUUGAGAAGGAGAAGAUGAACGCAAAAUGGGACACGCAAGAGAAUCCAAUAUACAAGAGUCCUAUAAAUAAUUUCAAGAAUCCAAACUAUGGACGAAAAGCUGCUCUUUAAGCCUGUGGUGAAAAUCCUAUCUACAAGAGUGCAGUAACGACGGUGGUUAAUCCAAAGUAUGAGGGAAAAUAAUCCUGAAUGUUUCAUAACACUUUAUGCAAAAUAGCAUUCUUAUUUUGUAACUGACAGCAAAUGCAAUCAGGCAAUAUAGAAAUGAUUUACUAAUUCAUUGUAAUGUAAUUGUAUCGGACUGUACAGUUCAUAUAAAAUGUUUCAGGAAAGUGUAAAUGGUGCCAUGGGACUGUUUAGUAUUUUUAACACACAUAAUGUUCUUUACGGUCACUUAAGGUCACUCUGUGCCUAUUUGACUUCCUUCCUCUUUAAUUUACUUUUUUUUAUAGUUUUGAGGAAGGUGUAUUUCUAAAACUUUGCCAAUCAGAGUAUUUAAAUUGAUUUAUUAAGAAAUUUGAGCUGGGAAUUAAAGAAGUCAAAACAGUGACACAUACCUCAGAUUUUAUUACUGUUCGUUUUGUAUGUGAAAGUAUCAACAAUGGUUUAACAAAUAUUGAAAAUAACUACUGCACGGUAAUGUAAGUGAAUAAGCAAGCUAUUUUGGAUAGACAUUCAAAUGCUCCCUUGUAACAUGAAUGCAAUGCUGACUUUAGUUCCCAGCCAAAAAAAGUUCACUGUCUUAUUCAGUGGCCUUAAAUCAUGUCCUAAAGUUCUGUACUUUUUUGUAGAGGCUUUUUAGCCUUCCUGUAUUUUAUGUACCGUAUUAUGAGAACAUUUCAUCUACAUUUGCAGUUUUGCUAUAACUUUAAUUUAAACGUUUUACCGAUGACAUGCUUUGAAAUGGCAAUAUACUUGGACUGUCAUUGUUUUGGGAGGGGGGGUUGUUUUGUAAAAUAAAUUUGUGCCAUGCUCAGUCAUUCAUAUUAGCUUUAGGUCCUAAUGUUUCACAUUUUGUCACAAUCUCUUGUUUUUAAGUGCCUUUUUAUUUGUGUUCACUUUUUACAAUACUGUCAACUGAAGUUAUUUAUUAAAUAAAACUACUCAAAUACCA